AUGGAUCUCGGGUCCCUGUCGCGGCUCCAGACGGAGGGGAUCAACCCCCGAACCACUAACAUUGACCAGGUGUCGACCCUGGAAUUGUGCACACUAAUCAAUCGCGAUGAUUACCUGGUCGCGGAGAGUGUCACCACAUUUCUACCCCAGAUCGCAGACGCUAUCGAUGAUUUGGCUCCCCGAGUCCGUCGUGGAGGACGGGUGAUCUAUGUCGGCGCCGGGACGAGUGGAAGGCUCGGUAUCCUCGACGCAUCCGAAAUCCCUCCCACCUUUGCCGCGCCUUUUUCGCAAUUCGUCGGCAUAAUCGCUGGUGGAGAUGCUGCCAUUCGGAAGGCCCAGGAAGGGGCCGAAGACAGUGUCAGCGCAGGAGAGCAGGAUUUGGAGGCACUCCAGCUUGACCCUGAGCUCGAUAGUGUCAUCGGGAUUGCAGCAUCCGGUCGCACCCCCUACGUCCUCGGAUGUAUGAACUUCGCCAAGCGCCUCGGGUGUCUCACGAUCGGCGUUGUCUGCGCCUCACCGUCAGCCAUGAGUCGCGCAGGUACAGUGGACCAUAUGCUCUCACCACUUCCGGGGCCGGAGUGCGUGACGGGAAGCACUCGUCUCAAGGCGGGCACCGCCACGAAAUUGGUGUUGAAUAUGCUGAGUACGGGCACGAUGAUACGCAUCGGCAAGACCUAUGGCAAUAUGAUGGUCGACCUUGUUGCCUCGAAUAAUAAGCUGAAACAGCGGUCCCGGAAUAUAUUGCGAAAAUUAAGUCCGCUGUGCGACAACAUGACCGACGAGCAGCUGGACGACCUUCUAGCACAGUGCGAUCGCAGCGUCAAGCUAGCGCUGAUGACGGCCAACACAGGAUUAUCCGUAGAACAAUCCCAGCGGGAGCUCGAGUCAGCCGGUGGGAUCCUGGCACAGGCGCUGAAGGCAGCGAACAAAUCUUGCACAGGUAUCCAGCCGAAUGGGUCAGCGGCUCCUGACCGCAGGUUCAUCCUUUGCAUUGACGGAGGAGGAAGCAAAUGCGCGGCGGUGAUAACGGAUGAGAAAGGGGUUAUCUUGGGACGUGGCCUGGCUGGCCCGUGUAAUUUGACUGAUGGCCAUGGGAUGGGAGAAGCUAUCGCCACUCUCGAAGCAGCCGCCAGAAACGCCAUGAAAAACGUACCGACCCAAAUCCUCGGAGAUGAUACCCCACUCGACGGAUGCUUCCAGACGGUCUGGCUGGGCCUUGCGGGGAUUGACCGCAGCGGGUUUCGCGAAGCUCUCCUGCCGAAUGUCUCGGCCCUCUUUGGGGUAACAGCCCCCGACAGCUUGCUCCUCACGAAUGAUGUUGACCUUCUUGCUGCGGCUAUGAGUCGACACCCGGGGAGUGAAUCGGCGAUCGUGCUGAUUGCGGGGACUGGGAGUGUGGCCAUGCGAUAUAAUUGGACAUCCGGACGCCCGAUGCGGGUGGCGCGAUCCGGAGGCUGGGGACAUAUCCUUGGUGACGAAGGUGGGGGAUAUGCGAUCGGACUUCGAGCUAUCAAGCACACUGUGGCCCGGCUGGAAGAUGCUCGCCUAGGACUGGGUGAUGGGGAUAGUACACUGGGUGUCUUUGAACAAGCCGUUCUCAAGCGACUGGGGUGCGGGCGAUCCCCCAGUGGUGAGUAUGACCUGGUCAGCGAGGUAUUAGUCCCCCAACAACAAGCAACCAAGACCCGAAUCGCUGGGGUUGCAGAAGCCGUCCUCAGCCUGGCGGGUACUGACGACACUGCGACAUGUAUCAUUCACGAUCAAGUCGACGAUCUCGUGAAUACCACCCUCGGACGCCUCCUUCAUCCCAAGUGCCAAGGAUACCAUCCUCCUGCAGAAACGGGACUAAUCCUCUCUGGUGGGGUGGUCAGUCAUGUCACCUAUCAGAAGCUUCUGAUGGAACGGUUAUCAUCUCGGGGAAUCCAGUUUUCGUAUGUAGAGCGGGUGCAUGACGCCGUGAGCCUGGGCGCAACAUCGUUGGCAAUGUCUCAGCAGAAAGAGGCCUGA